AUGGAUCACUCGAUUCAGCGCUUGCUGAAUGAUAAGCUUUAUGAUCGCAGGAAACAGGGGGCUUUGGAGCUCGAGAAAGUCGUUCGCAAUGCCGUAUUUCGAGGAGACCAUCAGGAGAUCCAGAAGAUUGUUGAUCAGCUGUGCCAUGACUACGCCUACGCCGUACAUCAACCUCACGCGAGAAAUGGUGGUUUGAUCGGGUUGGCUGCGGCUUCGAUAGCGCUUGGAUCUGACGGUGUGGCACCCUAUCUCAAGGAGAUUGUGCCGCCAGUGCUGGCUUGCUUUUCCGACCAAGAUGCAAGAGUCCGAUACUACGCAUGCGAAAGCAUGUACAACAUCGCCAAAGUCGCCAAAGGAGAGGUUUUGCUUUUUUUUAAUGACAUGUUCGAUGCGCUGAGCAAAUUGGCUUCAGAUUCCGAGCUCUCGGUGAAAAACGGCGCCGAACUACUCGAUCGACUUGUUAAAGACAUCGUUUCCGAAUCCGCUGCCUCCUAUAUAUCUGUUUUGCAGUUAUCAGAGAAACACACGUCGGAUACCGAGGCGUUGGACGAGGCGGAUAUUCCAACCGCAUUUUCUUUGGCCAAGUUCAUUCCGUUGCUCAAGGAGCGAAUACACGUUAUCAGCCCGUCUACUCGUACUUUCCUGGUAUCCUGGUUGACCUUGUUGGACACAAUUCCCGAUCUGGAGCUUGUAUCCUACCUGCCUGAGUUUCUCGGAGGACUAGUAGAAUUUCUCGGUGAUCCGAACAGAGACGUUAAUGUCACUACGCAAGCUCUUCUUGACCGUUUUUUGUCGGAAAUCAAAAGGAUUGCACGACUUAAGAAAGGCAUUGAGGAAAAUCGAAAAGAGCAAGGAAGCGAAAAUCAACAGUCAACCGCAAGUGAUACCAUUAGCACUACCACCGACCAAACGCUUGCUAUCGAUGCUGAAAGGAGCGAGAAUGCUAUAGAGGACUCGGAACCCGAAUCUGACCUUGAAGAGACCGAUCUGCAAAUUGAUGGAGACUGGAUCCCGGGCCAGGAUGUACACAUUGAUUAUCCUAAAAUAUUGGACAUCCUUGUGGGUUUUGUUGACACUUCUUUUAAUGAGGAAAUGCAGCUGACUGCAUUGCGCUGGAUCGACAGCUUCUUCGAGAUCAGCCCUGAGGAUAUUCUCCCUUUUGUCCCGCGGCUUUUGACGCAGGUCCUCCCAGCAAUGUCUAGUGGCUCAGACCAUGUUCGGCAGGCUGCAAAUCGAGUCAACACGUCUUUGCUUGAAUAUAUUGUCUCCUUAUCAGAGGAUACAACCGAGGACAUUCGGCAGGGUCCGUCGUCCAAGUCAAUCUCUGCGGCGAGCAAAGAGCCCGUCGAGAGAAGAGGAUCUACCCCUAGUGGCGGUCGAUCAUCGGAUGCGCCUUUGACAGAAUCAAAGAAACAAGCAUCUCAACCUGACUUUCCUAGUGAUCAAACUCCUCGCAGUAGUAUCGUAUCCACGCCGAUACCCCCUGCAGAUCUGGAUUAUGCUGCAGCCGUCAACUCGCUUACCUUGCAAUUCCUGAAUGAAAAUGAAGCGACUCGGGUGGCCGCCCUCUCGUGGCUGAUCAUGUUACAUCGAAAGGCCCCAAGGAAAGUCGUGGCUUUUAACGAUGGAACUUUCCCUGCCCUUCUCAAGACACUCUCAGACCCAGCAGAAGCAGUUGUUACGAAGGACCUCCAACUUCUUUCACAGAUUUCAAGGAAUAGCGAUGACAGCUACUUCACAUCUUUUAUGGUCAACCUCUUGCAGCUCUUCUCGACGGACAGACACUUGCUUGAAGUCCGCGGAAAUCUGAUCAUUCGACAACUCUGCAUGAAUCUGAGCCCUGAGCGCAUAUACCGUACUUUAGCCGACUGUUUGGAAAAAGAAGAGGACAUUGAAUUUGCAAGCAUCAUGGUACAGAACCUGAAUAACAACCUGAUCACUGCGCCUGAGUUGUCAGACCUUAGAAAGAGACUCAGGAAUCUCGAUUCAAAAGAGGGUCAGAUGUUCUUCGUCGCUCUCUUCAGAUCAUGGUGUCACAACGCCGUUUCGACAUUUUCCCUAUGCCUGCUGGCUCAGGCCUAUGAACAGGCUUACAAUCUCCUUCAAGUUUUUGCUGAGCUUGAAAUGACUGUGAAUAUGCUGAUACAAAUUGAUAAGCUGGUUCAGCUUCUAGAAUCGCCCGUUUUCACCUAUCUUCGUCUCCAACUCCUAGAACCAGAAAAAUAUCCGUAUCUUUACAAGUGUCUAUACGGCGUCCUCAUGCUCUUACCGCAGAGCUCAGCAUUUGCUGCCUUGAAGAAUCGGUUGAACAGUGUCAGCAAUAUCGGUCUUCUUCACACCGGCCCUCGCCUUACCACAAUGGUAGCCUCCUCAUCCUCUUCAGGCUACGAACGCACAACGGGAAGCCGACUGAAAACGCGCGAAGAAACCUCCAUCCGCUGGGUCGAGCUCCUCGAUAAAUUCAAAGCCGUGCAGGAAAAGGCGCGCCGCGCACAACGCGCCUCCCAGCGCCAGUUCGAUCAAGACGGCAGCACCGCAGGCCUGCGCAACCCCUCUCUCACCGCCGCGCUGUCCGCCGCCGCAACAGCCGACCAAGCACGCAAUAAAGAGCGUGCGCUGCCGGACUCGCCUCGCGGCGCAGCGGAUACGGGCGGUUCGGGGGGACGUGGGAGCGCUGCAGAGUCGGCCACGCCGAGUCGUGGCUCGCUGCUUGGCGCGCAGAGACACAAAUCCGGGCUGCCCAAUCUCGGCCGUUUAGGUAUUGGGAGCAGGAAGUCUAAGCGCUGA